AUGGCACAAAAGAAGAGUAUCGUCUUCUUCCACCCGGACUUGGGUAUUGGAGGCGCUGAGAGGUUGGUGAUUGACGCUGCCGUUGGCCUGCAAGCACGCGGUCACAAGGUCACCAUCUUCACGUCGCAUUGCGAUCCAGGCCAUUGUUUCGAAGAGGCCCGCGAUGGCACCCUCGACGUACGAGUACGCGGUAAUUCGCUUGUGCCUUCGAGCAUCUUCGGACGAUUCGCCAUUCUCUGCGCCAUCCUGAGGCAGCUACAUCUCGUCUGCAUUGUCGCAUUGUGGAACUACGAACUCGAUCACCUUAGACCCACGCACUUCUUCGUCGACCAACUGAGUGCUGCCGUACCGCUCCUUCGCUUCUUGUACACGGACGUCGGCAUCCUGUUCUACUGCCAUUUCCCGGAUCAAUUGCUCGCUCAAAAAGGAGAAGGUGCCAUCGCAGUGCUGAAGAAGGGAUACAGGGUGCCGUUCAAUGCUAUCGAGAGCUGGAGUACUGCUUCCAGCCAUGGCAUUGUCGUCAACAGCAAGUUCACUGGAGGCGUUGUGAAGCGUGUAUUCCCGAGACUGGCCAAGAGAGACUUGAAGGUCGUCUAUCCAUGUGUUGAUACCUCGACUGCCAACCAGCUGCAGAAGAAGUCAAUGUGGUCUGGCCGAAAGGUUAUCUUGAGCAUCAAUCGCUUCGAGAAGAAGAAGGACGUGGCACUCGCUGUCAAGGCUUUUGCCAGUCUCGAUGCUCCGAUUCGCAAGUCUGCUCUGUUGGUAAUUGCUGGUGGCUAUGAUCCUCGUGUUCAGGAGAAUGUCAACACUCACCAAGAGCUUCAACAGCUAGCCGACUCUUUCAAGCUCUCCCAUGAGACUCAUAAAUCUCUCCCUGAUCCUUCCGUAAUUUCUGAGAACACAUCAGUCCUCUUCCUCCUUUCCGUACCGGACACGCUCAAGCAGUCACUUCUCGCCUCGGCCGAUUUGCUUGUCUACACUCCCCAGAAUGAGCAUUUCGGCAUUGUGCCCCUCGAGGCUAUGCUCGCACAGGUUCCCGUGCUGGCUGCCAACGAGGGUGGUCCUCUCGAGACCGUUGUUGAGGGCGAGACUGGCUGGCUUCGUGACAUUCGGAAGCCCGAAGAAUGGGCGGCCGUCAUGUCUCGCGUUUUGUCCCAUCCUAAUCCCGCUGAGCUUCGCAAGAUGGGAGAGCAUGGUCGCAAGCGCGUUCAAGGAGAAUUCUCAAAGGAGCAAAUGGCUCUUCGUCUCGAUGAAUCUCUAGAUCAAGUUUCGGAUCCGCACAAGAAGCCUCAAGAGCCCCCAACCAUACCUUCUUGGCUUUGGAUGGUCAUUAUAGUCGCCAUCGUCGCAAUCUCGCUGUCUCUUGGAGCCACGUGGCUGUUGUUCUUCCUACUCAAUCAAAGCAAGGCCAUGCAAGAUUCGAUACAACAACACAAUGCUGCUCAGACCAUCACUGAGCAAGUCAUUGCCGUUACUACCCAAAUAGUAAAGAAUGAGCUGUAA